AUGGCUAACGGCAAGACAUUUUUAUUUACUUCUGAAUCUGUUGGUGAAGGUCACCCAGAUAAGAUUUGUGAUCAAGUUUCUGAUGCAAUUUUAGAUGCUUGUUUAAGAGAAGAUCCUUUAUCUAAAGUUGCUUGUGAAACUGCCGCUAAAACUGGUAUGAUAAUGGUUUUCGGUGAAAUUACCACCAACGCCAAGUUAGAUUACCAAAAAAUUGUUAGGGAUACAAUCAAGAAUAUUGGUUACGAUUCUUCGGAAAAGGGGUUUGACUACAAAACUUGUAAUGUCUUGGUUGCUAUUGAACAGCAAUCUCCAGAUAUUGCUCAAGGUUUGCAUUACGAGGAGGCCAUUGAACAACUAGGUGCUGGUGACCAAGGUAUCAUGUUUGGUUAUGCUACUGACGAGACUCCAGAAUUAUUGCCAUUGACUAUUUUAUUGGCCCACAAAUUAAAUAUGGCUAUGGCUGACGCUAGAAGAGAUGGCUCUUUGCCAUGGUUGAGACCAGAUACCAAGACCCAAGUCACUGUUGAAUAUAAAGAAGAAAACGGUAGAUGGAUUCCAUUAAGAAUCGAUACCAUUGUUAUAUCCGCUCAACACGCUGACGAAAUUUCUACAGAAGAUUUGAGAAGCCAAUUGAAAUCCGAAAUCAUUCCAAAGGUCAUUCCAAAGGAGUUGUUGGAUGAAAAUACCAAAUACUACAUUCAACCAUCCGGUAGAUUUGUUAUUGGUGGUCCACAAGGUGAUGCUGGUUUAACCGGUAGAAAGAUUAUUGUCGAUGCUUAUGGUGGUGCUUCUGCUGUUGGUGGUGGUGCUUUCAGUGGUAAGGAUUAUUCUAAAGUUGACCGUUCCGCUGCUUAUGCUGCAAGAUGGGUUGCUAAAUCUUUGAUUCACGCUGGUUUGUGUUCCCGUGUUGAAGUUCAAUUUUCCUAUGCCAUUGGUAUUGCUGAGCCAUUAUCUAUUCACGUCAACACCUAUGGUACUGGUAAAAAAUCUGAUGAAGAAAUUUUGGCAAUCAUCAAGAAAAACUUUGAUUUGAGACCAGGUGUUUUAGUUAAGGAAUUGGACUUAGCUAGACCAAUUUAUUUGCCAACUGCUUCUUAUGGGCAUUUUACCAAUCAAGAAUACCCAUGGGAAAAACCAAAGAAAUUGAACUUUUAG